ACUGAAUUUUUGUUUUCAGAUUCGGGUGACUUGAUGCUAAGAAUUUACAGGGCGGAGUCAUACGUUGGCCUCCAAGAAUAUAAAACAGCCAUAGAUGACCUAAAUUUUGUUAUUUCUAAAAUGCCAAAUUGGCCAGAGGUUUACUUCCGGAAAGGAAAAGUGCUGCAAGACUCUGGCUUUGUAGGUGAUGCCUUACAACUGUUUCUACAGUGCUUAGCACUUGAUGAGGACUUUCUUCCAGCCAAGCUAGAAGUCGAAAGGACAUUGUGUGAUGUGCUGUCCCCAGAGAAGUUAGGAGAGAGUCUGAAGGAACCCACUUGGAAUUCACCACAUAUUCGAAAUAAGCCUUUUGUACUUGGUUCCGAGGUGACUGAGUCUUACUGCAACUUACAGCUUUGUCCUGAGCAGAGUUUAGGAGGAUCAGAGGUACCGGAGCCUGUCAUUGGAAGCUUAAACCGUGCACAGUCUGCCCAUGCUCUUAACUCAACAAAAGACCUUGCCAAGGAAGAUGGCUUAAAGAGAGUGUCUUCUGAACCCCUUCUCUCUGGCCAAGAAAAAGGUGCUUUGUUGAAAAGAAAGCUUUCCUUUUCAGAACAAGACACAGUUGUAUGUGGAGAUGGAAGAAACAAACACAAAAAGCAAGGAGAUAGUACGAAAAGAGACACGACACUGGCUUUUGGAACAAUUCCAGGGAAUUUGAUUGAUGUAUCGGAUUUUGAGUGCUCUCUAUGUAUGAGGCUAUUCUUUGAGCCAGUGACAACCCCUUGUGGACAUACUUUUUGCAAAGGGUGCUUGGAACGGUGUUUAGACUAUGCUCCUCAGUGUCCGCUCUGUAAGGAGAGUCUGAAAGAGUACCUUGCAAGUAGAAAAUACAGCAUCACAGAACUGCUGGAGAAAUUAAUAAUGAAAUAUUUGGCUGAUGAAUUAUAUGAGAGGAAGAGAAUUCACGCUGAAGAAACUGCUGAACACUCAAACUUGACCAAGAAUGUUCCAAUGUUCGUUUGCACUAUGGCAUAUCCUACUGUGCCUUGCCCUCUACACGUGUUUGAGCCAAGAUACCGACUCAUGAUUCGCAGAAGUAUGGAAACUGGGACUAAACAGUUUGGGAUGUGUAUCAGCGAUUCUCAAAAUGGUUUUGCAGAUUACGGGUGCAUGCUGCAAAUUAGGAACGUUCAUUUUCUGCCUGAUGGACGGUCGGUUGUUGAUACAGUGGGUGGAAAGAGAUUUAGAGUUUUACGGAGAGGGAUGAAGGAUGGUUAUUGCACUGCAGACAUCGAAUAUUUGGAGGAUGUUAAGGUUGCUGAUGAACAAGAACUGAGGAAACUGAGAGAACUUCACAAUUUUGUUUACAAUCAGGCCUGCAGUUGGUUCCAAAACUUAAGAAACAAAUUUCGUACUCAAAUUCUUCAGCACUUUGGGCCAAUGCCUGACAGGGAGGAAAAUAUACAGGCGAUGCCCAAUGGUCCUGCUUGGUGUUGGUGGCUUCUGGCUGUUCUCCCCGUAGACCCCAGGUACCAGCUGUCCGUUCUCUCCAUGAUGUCCUUAAAAGACCGACUGAUAAAAAUCCAGCAUAUACUGACGUAUUUUUCUAGAGACCAGUCCAAGUGA